AUGGUCCUGAUCGUGCGCUACCCGCCAUCCGAGGCGCCACGCGAGCCGUCCGGACGUCCACCAUCGUCCGCGUAUCUUGAGGCCCAUGGGACGUCCAGGGAGACGAUGCACUCGGCGGCGGACGUCCUGUGGGGUACACAACCCGUGCCUAGCCUGCCCAUGGGGUACCUGACAAAGCUCGAGCGAGGAAUUCCAUAUAUCAACAUCGAGUUUAACUUCUUUAGAAGACACUUCGAGACAUUGCUCGUGCGGAACGCCGCGUGGGCGGCUCUUUGUGCACGGGGGUAUGUAUACGGCAAGCUCAUGGCGAAGACGACAGAGGAGCGCCUUUCAUUCCUUGAUGUUGAUUAA